CUUUGUAUUGAUUUGACGUGUUAUCAGAGUUCAUUAUCAUUGGGCUGUUUCGAUUGUGUUAUCAAGUAGAAAGCUUGUACUUUGGAUAGGAAAGGCAAUAAUCCCACUCACGUUACGAAAAAGAGACGUCAUAGCUUUUUUAUCCAUAAUAGUUCCCAUCUAAAUUUUCAUUUACAGCUAAUAAUUCAAACUUGUACUAUAUUAGAUUGGCUGUAUUGAAGUGAUUCUUGGGGUGUGUAUGAGAGACUGAAUGAAACUCAAGAUUUAAUAAUUGAUUAUGACUCUCAAGGUAGAAACUGAAAAUCAACUAGCAGCUGCAUCAGCUGCUAGUUCUAAUCAAAGUGGUUCUAAUGAUUUCGUUAAGAAAUUAUUCCUAAUGUUACAAGAUGAAAGUUAUAAGGAUGUGGUGAGAUGGACAUUAAGUGGAGAUAGUUUUGUGGUGCUUAAUACAAAUGAAUUUACUAAAGAUAUCUUACCUCGUCAUUUCAAACAUAGCAAUUUUGCUAGUUUUGUUAGACAAUUAAAUAAAUAUGAUUUUCAUAAAGUAAAAGUAUCCAAUGAAGAAAAAUUAUCAUAUCCUUAUGGUGAAGAUGCAUGGGAAUUCAAACAUCCUGAUUUUAAAUUUAAUGAUCGUGAAUCACUAGAAAAUAUUAAAAGAAAAGGUCCAAGUGUUAAGAAAGUUUUACCAACUGGAACCAAUGGAACUGAAAUAAAAGUACAAUCAACCACUUGUAAUCAUAACUUUUCUCAAAUCACCAAUUCUCAAAAUCAUAUCAAAGAACAAAUGGAAACCUUAAGAGCUGAUAAUAAAGCAUUACAUCAAGAAUUAAAUGUAUUACAAACUAAAUAUAAAACAUUGGUGGAAAAUAUAGUGGCCAUAAAUACCACUGAUGAAAGGUAUCAUCGUUCCAUGGGAAUAUUGGUGAAUUGUCUACUUCAGGCAGGAAUCAAAUUACCCCCUUUAGAUUUCCCAAAUCUGCCUUUGAUGAGUCUUCCAGUACCUCAAACUAUCCCGGGUGCAACCAUACCUAUUGUUGGUGCUACUGUUCCAUUACCUGCUCCACCUCAUCUAACAACAUUGCCAAUCAUAAAAUCUCCCAAGCUUACUACUACACGAUUGCAGAAUCCUCCGCCACCAAAACCAGUUAUAGCUCAACAUAUUGCAUCUGUGCUUCCACCAACUAAACGAUCUCCUAAUGGAGAUUCUAUCACCCCUGUACAACAAUCACCAUUUGCCAAAUCUGUUUCUGGUUCUCCUCCAGCUUCUACAGCUGCAAUUGUUCCCCAAAUUACAACCACCAAUUUACCCAAUCCAAAAUUCCAUGUAUUAUUAGUAGAAGAUGAUAAUGUUUGUAUUCAAUUAUGUCGAAAAUUUUUAGUGAAAUAUGGCUGUCAAGUCACUGUUGUAACAGAUGGUUUGAAUGCCAUAUCAACCGUUGAACAUACCAAUUAUGAUUUAGUUCUAAUGGAUAUCGUUAUGCCUAACCUUGAUGGUGCUACUGCUACUAGUGUUAUUAGAUCUUUUGAUACUAAAACUCCAAUUAUUGCCAUGACUGGAAAUAUAGAAGAUAAUGAUUUGGUAACUUAUUUACAAAAUGGUAUGUCGGAUAUUUUAGCUAAACCAUUUACCAAAGAUGAUUUAUAUUCUAUAUUAUCAAAGCAUUUAUUAACUGAUAAAUCGAAAGCGGCGACUGAUAGUGCUACACCAACAGUAGUAGGUACUACUCCCAAUGAACCAAAUGUUAGUGAACCAGCUUCUUCAAGCUUAGAUCCAUUACUGAGUACAGAUUCAAAUGGUGUUGCAGAACCAUUACCCAAGAAGAAGCGGUUACAAUAGAGACAUUAUCUUAUUUAUUUUUUGUAUUGUGAU